AUGGCACAGCGGGCCCCAUUCGAUGUGUCCCUGGAACCCCCUAUCUCGAGCACCGUCGACACCCCGACUGACUCGACGGAGAAGAUGGAGCCCAGCUCGAUGGAGCCAACAGAGUCAGUCACUGCAGCGCCGCCAACAAGAGCGCUCCGCUUCUGGAUCAUCGUCGCCGCCCUGGCAGCUAGCAAGCUCAUGCUGGCGCUCGAAAUCACCAUCGUGUCCACCGCCCUGCCAACCAUUGUACACACGCUCGGCCUGGGGUCGAGCUAUGUGUGGGUUUCCAAUGGCGCUGCGCUGGCGAGCGCAGCUAUAGCCCCGCCCCUAGGCCAGCUAUCCGACCUCUUUGGCCGCCGCUAUCCCACCUGCCUAUCCGUGCUCCUCUUCGUCGUCGGCGGCAUCAUCUCCGGCGCGGCCGCCUCGGGCCCGCAGCUCAUCGCCGGGCGGGUAGUCCAAGGCCUUGGCGCAGGCGGCAUCAACGUCAUGUCCGCCAUUGUCGUCUCCGACCUCGUCCCAGUCCGGCAUCGAGGCAAGUACAUGGCCUGCAUGCUGGCCGCGUACCUAGUCGGCGCCACGAGUGGUCCGUUGCUGGGGGGCGUGCUGGUACAGGCCGGCGCGUGGCGGUGGGUGUUCUGGCUACCUGUGCCGUUUGGGGCGUUGAGCUUUCUUGUCUUGGUGGUUUGUCUGAAAGGCAGGGUCAGGGACGCAAAGUCCAGCCGCCGUGAGCGCUUCCGGCGCGUGGAUUACGGCGGGAACGUGGUGUUGACGGCCUCGACCGGCUCCAUGUUGUACGCUGUCACGUAUGGGGGGUCCGAGUACCCCUGGUCCGAUGCCCGGAUCAUCGCCGCGCUGACCGCUGGUGUGCUGGGACUGGGUGUGUUUCUGCUCCUAGAGCGAUACCUCGCGCGCAGCACCACCGUCGAGCCGGUGAUGCCGCUCCGCCUGCUCAGUCACCGGGUGGGAGCUACCGUGGCGGCCGGAGCGUUCGCCAGCAGUCUGCUCGGCAACUGGGCCAACUUUUUGUUACCCGUGUACUUUCAGGGCGUGCGCAUGUCGACGCCGUCCCGGGCCGGUGUGCAGAUGCUGCCCAUUGUUGCCGUCGCCGUCCCGACGAGUAUCGUCUCCGUUGUCUUGGUGAGUAAGUUUGGGCGGUACAAGGUGCUGCACGUGGCUGGAUUCGUAGGCAUGUGCAUCGCGUGCGGGCUGUUUAGCAUUUUGAGUCAGGCGUCGAGCGAUGCCGCGUGGAUCUUGAUGGAGGUGCUCUUCUCGCUUGGCUUGGGCAUGGUGGUGAAUACGUUGUUGCCGGCGUUUCAAGGUGCGGUGGGGGAGAGCGAUCAGGCGGUUGCUACGAGUACGUUUACGUUUGUGCAGAGCCUGGCGAACAUUUGGAGCGUGACGAUGCCAGCUGCGAUCUUCAAUAAUAGGUUUGAGGCGCUCGCGGGUAGGAUAUCGGAUGAGCGGGUGAGGGCGCAGUUGGGCGGGGGCAGGGCGUAUGGAUUUGCGACACGGGCGUUUUUGGAGGGUGUGCAGGGGACGGCGAGGGGUGAGGUUGUGGAGGUGUUUGGGGAGGCGGUUAGGGGCGUUUGGUAUGUUGCGGCUGGCAUUGCUGGUGCUGCGGUCUUGAUGGCGUGUGCGGAGGGGGAGGUUGUGCUGAGGGAGAAGUUGGAGACCGAUUUUGGGCUGGACAAGGGUGGAGAGGUCAAAAUUGACGAAAGAACUUCGCAGUAG